CGUGCGGGACAGGGAAAAAUCAGACCACAACGCUCUGUGACAGCGAGGCCUCGUCGCCAAAUCCACGAGAACUUUCGGAGGCACCAACACGCCAAAAUCGUUGUUGGAAUCUCAAUCAGAGGAUGGAGCAGCACCACGUACCUUUUUGCUCCAAGCGAGAUCGAUGAAACCAUGAGGAAUCUGAACUCGAACUAUGUCGACGACUGUGUUGCAAGUGCCGAAGAGAGAGCACGAGAUCUUCUCACCGCCCGAUUCAGCGCGGAUCGAUGGUUCACUGCACCAAUCAGCAGAAAUGAUCACUUUCAAAUUUUGUCCAUCUUGAAAGAGUUUCCUCGCCUGACAUCAACUCGAAUCCAAGUGAGGUACCCUGGUGAUAAUCGAACUACCCGCGUUUCGCCCUUGCGAUUGUUGGUGGAGGGACAAGCAGAUUUGGACAUCAUCGAGGCGGUCUACGAACUGAAUCCUUCGAUGCUUUCCAGCGAUUUUGACCUCAUCAACAUUCUCCGAAGAGCUUGUGAAUACAGAGCCCCGACACCCGUAGUAGAAUAUGUUUCGUUGAAGUUUCCCAAAACGCUUACAGAUACUUGCUACCAACAGAUGGCGCUCGUUCAUGCGUUGCAGGACACUCCGGGACGAUCUAAAUCGUCAUUGGAAACAAUCCAGCUGUUACUCAAGAUCUGUCCAAAGUCGGUGAACUACAUGAACAGAAACGGUGAUACAGCGCUCGACUUUGCAAUAAUGAACGGGUACGGUCUACCAGUUAUCAAGACGAUUCUAGAUGUCAUGAAGCAGCAGUCAUGUGAAAUCGCAUCAUUCAGCAUGCCCAGAAGGUGGGAGCUAACACUUGACGCCCAGGCUGCAGAAUCAAUCAACAUGAUUUUGCUUCGGAGCGCGACGAAAUCCAACAAGAAACCGCUUCAGUGUCAUCCAGCACUCUGGACACAGGAAGGGUUUACACGGACAAUGGAGAGUCUCGCAAGCCACAAGGAUGGGUUGUCUUCGAUCAAACUUGAUCUCCCUUGUCUCGCUUCGAACGUGCCCGAAAGGCUUGUAAGAGAAGGGCUAAGCAGGCUUUGUAGCAACGAUUGUGAGAUUGAAGACCUGGAACUCAUCGCGCCUCAUUCUUCGCCGGAUUUGGUUGACGCCAUUCUUCCCGGGUUGGACCCAGGCCCGGGGCGUGGUUCAGGCCUACGAAAGCUUGUUCUCAAAGAUGUGGAUAGCUUGGGCUUGGAACCACUCGCGGCAUUUUUUGCCAGCAAAGCCGCUCCAAAAAUUGUCAACAUCUUGUCCUGUCAGCUAGUGGACGACAAUUCACAAAUCUCUGACACAAUCUCCUUCUGCUCCAGUCCCACAGAGAGGCUUGAGUUCAAGGAUUCUUUCCUGGCUCCAUUGGGCAUUUCCUGGCUUCUCCACCGUGCAGCAACCAUGCCCGUGUUGAGAGAGCUGCAUCUCAUUGCACCAACAGAAUUCGCCGAACAAAGACGUGGAAACGACGCAGAAAUUCCCGUGGACCCGCUCGUUGCUCUCCUGAACAACAACGUGCUGCAGUCCCUUGGAAUUGCAGGCUACAUUGUAAAGCCAGAACCCUUCUACCAAGCCUUGAUGUUCAAUACUUCACUUCGAAAGUACAGGUACACCAACAAGAAAGGAUACGCCCCGGAUCGUUUGGAAAAAAUCUUCCGAAAGCACAAGAUAUUGCUGGCGUCAGUUAUGGAGCACAGCAAUGUGACUCUCACUGAUCCAUAUGUAGGCCACCGCAUUGGUAUGCCAGUUGAGAGCAAUGCGUUUGGUGCAACCAGGCAACGGCCUUCUUCGUCCUCGUCUGGAUUUUGCAAGAUCGACUAUUAUAAGGCUUUGAACAAGUUUGGUCGCAAGACGGCGCGAGAUCCAACAGAGUCUGUGGAGAUAGUUGUCGAGCUCUUGUCGGAUGUUGUCGUCCAUCGGAGUUUCCCAUGUCUCGACCCACUACAGAAACACAAUCUCCAGUAUGGUCUACUGCGAGAAUCUGUAUCAAUUUGGUCUCCAAAAGAACAUUGGACCAACGCACUAAACUUUGAAAGUUGAAGACCGCUUUUACCCUUCUCAUCUUGUUGAUAUUCUCCAUGCUUGUUUGAAUUGUUUAUUAGUCAUGGCAUUUGACGAGAGCGUCUUCCACCGGUUAACUCUGAUGUACUACAAUUUUGUGACUAUCUUUGGCUUACCAGGUACCAUUCAAUGCCAGUUUGUACGAUGUGUUUACCACCACAACAUCGUCGGUGAUGUCUACGACCUCGGUGACUGAUGAAAACAUCAUUGUAAUUUGUUUUGAUUUCUUCCUUUUUCUUGGUCGCCGUUGCAUUUUAGUAAUAGAUGGGUACCUGGUACCGGUACGAGUAUGGUCCACACGAUCAUGUUAUCCCUGUCGUUAAAGGGGACCGACAAAGCCCUAUCUCUAACAAUAUGGACGGAGAUGGACACAUCGGUUCAAAAUGAAGGAUUUGCCGUCUAAGGUCUGGCCAUGGUUGGGCAAAUUCUGGUCGUGGUUGGUCAAUUUCUGGUCGAUUUCAUCAAAAAAUCGUGUUUACCUGGCCCAAAGGCGAAAUUUAAAGCAAAAAAAGCUGAAAUGGCAAAAUUUAAGGCAAAACAAAGCUGGAUCUUGGGGUAGCGACGGCCAGACCUUAACCGGCUCUUGAACUGAUGUGUGGACGGGGAGUGGGAAACCAUUCGGGUUUUUUCAGCGCUCGUCUCCUGUAUCCCUUUGCCUCAACCAACAGUUACAUGUACAACCGAAUAUUGUCAAUCCAGCCAUUGUAGCUAGCUGCCGUAAAGUUACAUCGGCAACAGUACCGAACACACUCAGCUUCGGCUUUGCUCGCUACGCUCCGUUACUGGUACCUGGUACCUUGCAUUGGAUCCUUAUGACGAAUACAUGCACAACCGAACAAUAUGAAUCCAGCCAUUGUAGUCGGCUGCGGUAUAGCUACAUCCACAACAGUGGCAGCAGUACCGAAAGUUCGGCUUUGCUCGCUACAGUUACCGG